AUGGGUUUCAAGCGCACUUUUGACGCUGAGGAUGCUCAAGACUUCAACGUGAAGCAUGCAAGACAGAUUAGUUACUGCAACAAGCUGGCCAAACUAGAUGAAGGAGUUCCAUAUCGUGGUUCACUUGAGAAGUCAGGUGUCAUAGGAGAGGAUCUUAGUGGUCUCUACGAGUUCAAAUGUGAGGGUAACCUUGAGAAGAAAGGGUUUGAGAUCAAUGAUGCACCUUUCUCUUGGAUCACAACCGGUGUUGAGGAGGAUGCUGAGUCUGGAGCUACGACUCAAUCCACCCUUUCUGAAGAAUCUCCUGAGUCGGAUUUCGUUUGGAAACCAAGCCCGGCUGAUGAUGUGUAUCCUGUAAAACCAGUUCCAAUCGGAUCGAAUCACCAGGCUGAUAUCCCUGAAUGUGUCAAGGAACAAGUCCGUGAUCAGGACGAAGAACAAGUGAUGAUGGGGAAGUGCGUAGUUCCAAUGCCUGACUGUGAAACCGAGGUCGGUAAAGGAAGAAAAGAAUGCGUCUGCAUGGAUAAAGGCUCCAUCAGAUGUGUCCAGCAGCAUAUCAUGGAGAGCAGAGAGGGCUUGUUUGAGAGUAUCGGAUACGAAACAUGCCUGAAGCUAGGUCUCGGUGAAAUGGGAGAGGAAGUUGCUGGUAAGCUAAGCGAAGAAGAGGAAGAUCGAUUUCACGAGAUUGUAUACUCCAAUCCGGUUUCACUGGACCUUGACUUCUGGCAACACUUGAAGUAUGCGUUUCCUUCGAGAACCAUGAAGGAGAUUGUGAGCUAUUACUUCAAUGUCUUCGUCCUGAGAAGACGAGCUGUUCAGAACCGUUCGAAAACCCUGGACGUUGAUAGUGAUGAUGACGAGUGGCACGUAGACUACGAUGACAACAACAACUCUUACGGUGCUGAAACGCCAGAUGAGAAAACCGGAAAGAGCCUCUCAAGAGACGAUGAAGAAGAAGAAGAAGAAGAAGAAGAGGAGGUGAUGAAUGUUGAUGAGAAUUCGUGCAUGUCCUAUGACAGAGAAGAGUCCAACGUUGGCAACUACUGGCGCCACUGCAGUGAUGAUGAUCUUGUGGAGGAUCAUUCGUAUAGGUUCGAUCCUUGUGAUUCGAUGCUACCGGAUCAUUGCUGGAGCAAGAACAUUGAUCUUCUUCCGACUUCGAACAUCAUUGACGAGAUCUUCGGUGAAGACACGUCAUCAUGGAAUGAUUUCUCUAGAGGGAAGUGA